UAGCCGAGCUGCUAGCAUCAGCAAACACUACGUCUCAGAAACCACCGGUGUUCAGAGCUGCGUUGGAUUUUGGUCGCAGCCCCGCAAACCUUAUCUUCUAUUGAAACCUCAUGGCGAUGAGCGUGGUGAUGUUUAACCAAGAGCUCUGGAUACACAGAGAGUGGCUGGUCCACCAGAGACACCAGCAGACACCGGAGCACAGAUAACAUCUUCCACACCGAUAAACCAUGAUCCCCAUCACUGAGCUGCGGUACUUUGUGGACACUCAGCCAGCGUACCGCAUCCUGAAACCAUGGUGGGACGUGUUCACCGACUAUAUCUCCAUUGUUAUGCUCAUGAUUUCCGUGUUUGGAGGGACAUUGCAGGUCACCCAGGACAAGAUGAUCUGCUUGCCCUGCAAAUGGGUGGUCAAUGAGACCUGCAGGAAGAACUUCAAUGCCUCGCUGUUCCUCGAGCCCAAAGGGAUCCAGUAUGAUCUGGACCGCCACCAGUACAACUAUGUGGACGCUGUGUGCUACGAGAACAGAUUGCACUGGUUUGCCAAGUAUUUUCCCUACCUAGUAUUACUCCACACCCUUAUUUUCCUAGCAUGCAGCAACUUUUGGUUUAAGUUUCCACGGACUAGUUCCAAACUAGAGCACUUUGUGUCCAUCUUGCUGAAAUGCUUUGACUCCCCAUGGACAACUAGGGCACUGUCAGAGACGGUGGUCGAAGAGAGUGACCCAAAACCAAUGAAGAUGAACGGCUCAAUGGACCAUAAGGAGUCCGUCAUCAGUGAGGAUGUUGAAGCAAGUGUCCCUAUGCUCCAAAGGACAAAGACGCGCUUAGAGCAGGGCAUUGUAGAUCGGACGGAGACGGGGGUUCUGGAGAAAAAAGAGGGCGAACAAGCAAAAGCCCUGUUUGAAAAAGUGAAAAAGUUCCGUAUACACGUUGAAGAGGGGGACAUUGUGUACAGGCUGUACAUCCGUCAGACUAUCAUCAAAGUCAUCAAGUUCAUUUUGAUCAUCUGUUACACAGGGUAUUAUGUGCAUGAUAUUAAAUUUAGCGUUGACUGUUCGGUAAAUAUCGAGAGUCUGACGGGUUACAGCGUGUACCGCUGUGCUCAUCCGUUGGCCACACUUUUUAAAAUCUUAGCCUGUUUUUACAUUAGCUUAGUGGUGGUGUAUGGCUUGAUCUGCAUGUACACACUUUGCUGGAUGCUCCGGCGCUCUCUAAAGAAAUACUCCUUUGAGUCAAUACGGGAAGAGAGCAGCUACAGUGACAUACCCGAUGUGAAGAAUGACUUUGCAUUCAUGUUGCACAUGAUCGAUCAGUACGACCCUCUGUACUCUAAACGCUUUGCCGUGUUCCUCUCAGAGGUGAGCGAAAACAAGCUGAGGCAGCUGAACCUUAACAAUGAGUGGACAUUGGACAAGCUGAGGCAGAGGAUAACUAAGAACUCUCAGGAGAAGCUGGAGUUGCACCUUUUCAUGCUAAGCGGCAUUCCAGACACAGUGUUUGACCUGAUGGAGCUGGAGGUCCUUAAACUGGAGCUCAUCCCAGAUGUCACCAUCCCCCCGAUCAUCGCCCAGCUGAUCAACCUGCGGGAAAUGUGGCUCUAUCACACACCAGCAAAGAUCGAAGCUCCAGCUCUGGCAUUUUUGCGCGAGAAUUUGAAGUCCCUUCACAUCAAGUUCACUGACAUCAAGGAGAUUCCCUUAUGGAUCUACAGUUUAAAGAAUCUGAGUGAGCUCCAUCUGACCGGGAAUCUUAGUGCGGAAAACAACCGUUACAUUGUCAUUGACGGGCUUCGGGAGCUCAAGAGGCUCAAAGUUCUUCGUCUGAAGAGCAAUCUCACCAAGCUACCUCAGGUGGUAACUGACGUGGGCAUGCACCUCCAGAAGCUCUCCAUCAACAACGAAGGCACCAAGCUGAUGGUGCUCAACAGCCUGAAGAAGAUGGUGAACCUGACUGAACUGGAGCUCAUUCGCUGUGAUCUCGAACGCAUACCGCACUCGAUCUUCAGCUUGCACAACUUGCAGGAGAUCGACCUGAAGGACAACAACCUGAAGACCAUUGAGGAGAUCAUCAGCUUCCAGCACCUUCAUCGGCUCGUCUGCCUUAAGCUCUGGUACAACCAGAUUGCCUACAUUCCCAUUCAGAUUGGCACCCUGACACACCUGGAGAAGCUGUACCUGAACAGGAACAAGAUUGAGAAAAUUCCAAGCCAGUUGUUUUAUUGCCGCAAGCUGCGCUUCUUGGACCUGAGCCACAACAACCUGACCUACAUCCCUACAGACAUCGGAACCCUGCAGAAUCUCCAGUACCUGGCAGUGACCGCCAACAGGAUUGAGAGUCUACCAAAUGAGUUGUUCCAGUGCAAGAAGCUUCGCACUCUGAAUUUGGGGAGCAAUUGUCUGCACACUCUGCCAUCGAGGUUCGGAGAGCUGACCGGUUUGACACAGCUGGAACUGAGAGGAAACCGUCUAGAGUGUCUGCCGGUGGAGCUGGGAGAGUGCCGACAACUGAAGAGAACCGGACUUGUGGUGGAGGAGGACCUCUUCAACACGCUUCCCACAGAGGUUAAGGAACAGUUGUGGAAAGUCGACAAAGAACAAGCUUAAACAGGUCAAAGUGUCACUGUUAGUGAAAAUGGAUACCCCCCGACUGGGCCCCAACACUGGAGGAAUACUGGAGGACAUAAUGUCCCACAGGGCUGGCUAAAGGCGGCGGUAAACCUGCCGCAGUGUACUGCCCGAGAGGUUGGGUGAUCGAGAACCAGUGCCAGUUUGGCAAAACCAAAAUACUAAGUGUGGUAGCUUCUGGUUGUUCUCUAAGUUCCUUACUGUCCAGUAGAUUAUUUCUCUUCCCUCACACUCAACCCCUCAGAAUUAUUCUUUUCAGCAAUAAUGUAGCAGGUGCCAUUGUUAUUUUGUUAUCCUUCUCAAUUGUGGUGAAGAAGUUUGAAUACUUAAAAAAUGUGGGUUAACAGGAAAUGGAAAUAAUAGAAGUUUCCAAUAGGGUUGGGCUGAUGGACGAUGGCUGUGGGCCCCUCCCCCGCUCGACACCGACAGACGGUUGCAGACUGACAUGCACAGAUUCUCCACUAUAGUUUUUACUAUACUACGAUUUCAGAGUCGACUAUAACCUAGAAAUUCGCCAGAUAUACACCUGAGCCGUAGAACUGAUGAAUAUAGAGGCUAUGCUACUUUAAGGAGUAUCAGCCUGACGCUUGGGCCUUUUCUAAUGGAACAACUUGCUUUUCAAUUUUGCACACAUGUUGACAGAUAGGAGCGGCCACACUGAAGCCGUGCUGCUAAUCUAGAGAUGAGAGGACUCACCGAUCUUUUGCAUACCACACGCGGGUCAUAGCAAAUUAGAGUAAAAAAUGAUUUUCACCACAGUUUUAGGAAAAUCACCACAAUUAUCUGUUGAUCGUGUCACAAACCUAAAUGUUUGCAACACAUCUUGUACCCAUUUUAAAAAUAAAAGCACUCCAGCGUGUCUGUUGACUGAAUCCAUUCAUUUGUUUUAACAAGGAUUUGAUUGUUGAUGAACCAGAAGAACAGGGCUUGAUGCGUCAUGGCAUUUAGUUGAGUACACAAUCCGACUUUUAUUCAAGGAAAUACAGUAGUUCUACUAUAUAUUAUAAACCGCAGCAGACACGCCAGUAUGAACAACAGCAGGAAACCAGUGAAUUCUGCCGUUCUCUGCUCUUCCCGUCUUAAACAAAUAGCCUCCUGAUCGUUUUAUCGUUACUAACCCUUUUGACAAUAGCCCCCCUUCUUUCGGCAUCGUCCAUUUGCCAUUUAAGUUAACAUCGUCCAACCCUACUUUCCAAUAUUUAUUUACCCAAAGCAUUAGGUGUUGUCUAAUCAAGAGUGAUCAUACUACUGAGAUUAUUUGUCCAGGGAAAUCCAGAAGUAGAAAAGUGAUCUGAGACCUCUCCCUCCAAACACUUGCCUCAGUGUUUUUGAUCUUUGUUAAAUUCCUAACUGUACUGCAGCAUGCAUAAGUAAGAAUAUGAAAUUGGUUAAGGCAAGAGGCUGAAACUCUUUAUAAUGAUAGGAAAAUAAUAAGGUAAUAUUCACAACAAUUUUAUUCUAGUUGUAUGGAAUGACCUGUAUCAAUCACAAGCAUACUACACAGUCAAGUUAGCAAUUGUACAAGUUUGAAUCAGAAGUUUGGCUCUUUCAUGGAUUUGAUGUCUAUCAGUUGUCCAGAACUGACCUGAAACAAGUUUUAGCUCGGGUGUGAAGUGAGUCUCCUUCAGAGGGAAGGUUUUGCUUAAAAAAUGUUGAAAUGAGAGCAUGAAACAAAAUCCCUGUCACAAACUCCUUGUCUGUGAGUAGUUGUUGGACGAGGUGGGAAGACGAGGGUCGUUGAGGACUCACAGGAGGAGGUGUGGUCUGAGGCUGGCCUGAGUUUUGAUAGAAAAACUUUUCUCUGUGAGGAGCAUUACAGAACAUCAACGUGCACACAGUUAAGUUAGUGAAGCAUCUUCUGUCAUUAUGCUAAUGAGUGGGAAUGUGAGCAUGGCCACGCUGCAUUAAAAAAGUUAGUUUGCAAUGAGUUGCACAAAAAAAAAAUGAACAAAUCUAGGGGAAAUGCUGACAAGCUUUGAAACACAAACCCUUUAUUAGUUUAAUAACUAUGCUGUCUUGGAUGUGAUGGUCUACAUGUAAACACUGACAGUCGAGUUGUAAGACAAUGACACGUCUUUACAUCUGUUAUGAGCACCUGGCCAUUCAUGUAAUGUUCACGUAACAUUGUAAUGUCAUGUUUGUAUCUAUAAGGAAAUUAUCAUUUUAAAAUGACUAAAAUGCAUUAGUAUAUUGAGCACACGUGCCUGAGUUUAAAGCCAUCGUCAUUGUGAUCAAUAUCAAGUGAGUUGAAUUAUAAUUGUAUCUAAUUUUUUAUGGGAAAGAAAGAACAUUGCAAUAGGCUCAUUUUAGGUGAAUAUUCCUGUUUCGAUAAUGGUCCUUUAAAAAUAACAUUGAAACACUUCACUGCUUUCCACCACGUUAAGAUAGCAAGGUGUCAACAACACCUCUGAAAAUACUUCACUUUAAAACCAACACCUGCGGGGGCUCAGACACAUGCAUUUUCUAUUUCAACAACACAGGCACUAGACUGCGUUGGUCUGAAACCAAUUAAGACACGUGUCGUUAUUGGCACCGCUUUGCAUGGGGUGUAAAAUAAAUGUUCUAAUAUGGAAGCAUAGCAGUGGAGUUAAGAUUACUGUUCAUAAAGUUCAACAAGAUCCCUGCCAAGGAAAUAAUAAAGACAAAAUGCUAGAAAAGAAGAAAAAAAAGAUUCCUAGAGCCAUAUUUACGAAGUAAUAACUUGUAAUUUGAACUUAAGAGAUAGUUAAGACUAACUUGUCAACUUGAUUAAGUGCCAAGCUAGAGCAUCGGCUGCAUGUUCUCAAAGCAGAUGAGGCAGAAGUGUAAUAAGAAAAACACGUGUGUCUAUGAGAACUACAGUGACACAUGUAAUCAAGCUUCACAAUGUUUUCUUAACCUAUCACAGUUUUUACUUGAUUUAUAAUAAUUGAGAAGAUGUUAUGAUCAUGUUUAUAUAUAUUUGUUUUUGUGUCCCAUCAUUAUUGGGCUUCCGUACGCUCCAGGUCAGGCCGUGUCAUUGUUACCAUGUUUGUUUCUCUGGUUUCAAACUGUGAUCAUUUCUAGAGAGAAAGUUUCAGACUUUUUGCCUUCGACAGACUUUUACUUCACUUGUGUUUUGUUGCCACCGUUCGAGCGUGAUGCUCAAACUGUGGAAUUCAAGAUCAAUGCAGAGCUCCGACACAGUUCAACACACAAAAGGGGCUCCUGUGUUUACUCUGAGAAUUUAAAAUAACAACCUUCAGUCUGCGUUUUAAUAAACUUAACUGCAAGAAAACUCCAAACAGUUGCAAUAUACAAUAACUGGGCUCAAAAACAUUGGAAUGGUUAUUGUGCAUGUAUUUCAUGAACAUUUGAAACUAUCCUUUAUUGUGCAAUAUUGCCUUUAUUUAAACUAUGUAAACGUCAGUGGUGAUGUCGUUUUCUGAUGAGCAUGGACGUUUAUUUCUGUUGCGCUCUUUUUAACGAGGUGAUGGUGAAUUUCAAGUCGAGUUGAUUAGAGGAGAAUGCUUUUGCACUAUAGCGCCUCUGCCACAUGUCACAUUUAGGUCAAUGCAAACACUGGUAUACAGCUUACUGAAUACAGUGCAUGUUUUCUGAUAUGGGAAGGUUGAAGAGAAUGACUGCCAUGAGAUUAUACAAGUAUUUGAUUAAUAUAAUACGUUUGUUUUUUUAUCUACACAUAAAAAAUACACUAAGUUUGUCCCCUUUUCCUUUAAAUCCCGAACUAGAGCAUUUCAAAUGUUUUCCCAGAACGCCUCAGCAAUACGCCACAGAUUAAGACAAUCAACUUUAAAGCUGACAUCACAAGUGUCAGAUGUAAAGUCUUGUAGUGAGAAAACUGCAAGUAAAUGGUCAGUAUAUUAAAAAAAAUCACAGUGUAGGUGGCUAGUAAAGUGAUUUAAGUAAAUAGAUUUUUGUCUCAUUGUCAUUGAUGAUAUUCUUUUUGUAUUUUCCGACAUUUCUUUAUCUUUUUUUAUUUUUUUUAUUUCGACAGCUAUUAGUAUUAUUAUAGUGAAACUAAAUUUCUCAGGAAACCAGCUGUACUCACUUCUCUUAUGAGUUGAUUGCCUUUUUUUUUAUUGCACCGGGUUUUUCUUAUUUAUUUAAACAGUUGUGAUAACAUUUUAUAUGCAUUUCUACACAUUAUUUUCUAGUUUAGUGUAUUUAAUAUCGACUGCUGGUUUAAAACAAAAAGAUGUUUGUGUUUUAAAGAAACCACUUGGUUUAACCUUGAUUCUGUGUUGUUUUUUUUGUUUUCCAUCAAUGACUGGGUUUUAAUUUAGCUGUUGUGUCUGAAUUGUUUGAAUUGUGAUUAUUAGCACAGAUGGAAGUGUUGUAUGAGAGCUUUGUGUGUGUUUCAACAUCCCCCCAUUUCCACUCAAAUCAUAGGUGAUGUAGAUACAUGAUUUUGUGCAGUGAUUUUAUCAUUAUGAUUCUUAUUAUUUGCCAAAAUGUUUUCAUUGUUAAAGGAAAUCAUUUCCAGUCUUGGCCUGUCUGACUAUGAGUCAGGUUCCUGUUCGGACAUUUGUCUCAUCCUCUUGUACACCAUCCCCUGGGGUAAAGUUAAAUAAACUUGGUUGACCACA